AUGGCUGUCUACCCCCGCCGGUUGGUGUUGUCAUCCAAUUACAUUUCUUCUCUGAGCGCCGAAGACUUUGAGUGUCUUCCAAAUCUUCAAGCGCUUGACUUAUCUGUUAACUUACUAAAAACACUCCAAUCAAAGGCGCUGUACGGUCUUCACGGCCUGAAAGAUUUAGAGAUUUCGAGCAAUCCUCUGAAAAAUCUUCAAUACAAAUCCUUGCCACGUAACCUUCGUGCCUUGAAUCUGAAUCAGAACUUCCUCAGCAGACAACGGGGCCACACAUUUGAGGAGUUGGGGCAAUUAACAAAGCUAGAACAACUGCUCAUGACACGUGCAGGCAGUAUAACACUGCCAAACAGCAUGUUAGCAAUUCUCAAAGUGCUUCGGAUAUCCGACUGGACUCACAGCGAAGACGUCAUUAGAGGAUUUAUAUCUUCCCUCAAAAAUAUCAGAACUCUCUCCAUAACCAAAUGCAAGCUACGCAAGUUCCCAUACGAAGAGCUAAAAAAGUUAAAAUAUUUAAAAAAACUAGACUUAUCAUUUAAUCGCAUUUCUGCUCUCGAUCAUAAACGGAUUUGGCAAAUCCCGAAAUUAUUCUCCUUGAAGAUAGCGUCCAACAACUUUGAAUGUAACUGCUCGAUGUUGCCAUUCUCCGAGUGGCUUCGCCAACCUCGACCAAGGUUACGAUUUGUUAAGUUGUUCGACAUGAAGUGUGCCGCCCCAUCAAAGUACUUUAAUUUUACUUUAUUCAACUUCGACAAAGACUGUCGAUCUUUGCUGCCCAUCAUUCUGCCGUCCACCCUCGGUCCUUUUGUCCUCUUGGUAGCAAUUGUUGUAUUUAUCUCCGUCAGGUACCGGGGUUACAUCCGGUACGGAUUUAUGCUGAUCAGGGCAAGAUGGCGGGGCUACGGCUCAAUCGAAGGGUGCACAUUCAAGUGGGAUGCGUUCGUGUCAUUCAACGACGCCGACAAAGGCUGGGUCUACAAAACUCUGAAACCGAAACUCGAAGAACAGGCUGGCUUCAGGAUCUGCCUCCACCACAGGGACUUUACCGUCGGGGAGUUCAUCACGGACAACAUUGUCAAUUGCAUCGACAGGAGCCGAAAAACCCUUCUGAUCCUGAGCGACGACUUUGCCAAGUCUCAAUGGUGCCAACUUGAGCUGAGUGUGGCGCAGCACAAGUUGUUCGACGAUGAUCGAGAUGUUCUCAUCUUGGUCAAGUUGAGUGACGUGUCCUCAGAAAACAUCACCGGAACCAUGAAAGUGGUAAUGCGCACAAAGACUUACAUCACGUGGAGCAAUGACGUGACAGAGCAGGAAUUGUUCUGGAAGCAGUUGAUCUUGGCUUUAAAGCGCCCUCCAGGUGUGGAACUUGAGGAACUUGAAGACUGGGAAAAUAUUAAUGCUUCGAAUGAUGCCUAAGCAAAUCACUGUGCUUUCGUGGGCGCGGUCGAGCCCCGGGUGUCGAAUGUUCCGAUCUUGGCGAAGCGUUAGCUUUGAAAGCGUAAUUUUAAACAUUUUGCCCGGUGAUAUACAUCGCUUGGCCAAUAUCAGUUAUAUAUCCACAUAUAAUCUAUUUUCAUGUAAAUAUGUAAUAUUCACAUAGUUUAGUCGUGCAUGGUGCGAAAGUGAGAAGGUGCUUUAUUUCGUUGAAACAAGUAUAGAGCAGAAAACAUCAUUUUAGUGGACAAAAUUCCAGAGAAGCAGUUCAGAGUGGAAAUCGACAUUCCUGGGAAUCGUUUUGGCCAUUUAGAGCAGAAAUAGAUAUUUCAGAGUAGAAAUAGACAUUCAAAACGUCGUUAUGGUGAUUUUGACCAGAAAUAGACAUUCAAUGCGUCAUUAUGGCCAUUUAGAGCAGUAAUAGACAUUUCAGAGUAGAAAUAGACAUUCAAGGCCAUAUUAUGGUGAUUUUGAGCAGAAAUAGACAUUUAAGGCCUCAUUAUGGCCAUUUAGAGCAGAAAUAGACAUUUAGGAGUAGAAAUAGACAUUCAAGGCGUCAUUGUGGCCAUUUGGGGCAGAAAUAGACAUUUCAGUAAAAUAUAGACAUUUUAGGGCAUCAUUAUGGCCAUUUGUAACAGAAAUAGACAUCUCAGAAUAGAAAUAGACAUUCCAUGAUAUCAUUAUAGCCAUUAGUUCAUAACAGGAUAUCAUUAGAAUGGGCCAGAAAUAAACUUCCUGAGUACACUUUAUCAAGAAUUUGAAAAAUAACAGUGAUCAAAUUUGUCGCCGUUAGGUGAUUCUUCACUUUCGGUUGCAAGGCUAGCACAAGGUCGUGGGAAAGUUUCAGGAGAAUAGCAAUGGAGAGGUUCAGAUUUUCAUGCAAGAACGAGGUGAUAUUUUUCACUAGUGGCGACAUCAUGGAUCUAUAGCACGUGUAGAGAACUCCGUGAAGUUGAUUGCUUAUUUAUUCUUGGUGUUAGGCAUGCCAGACAUUAAAGACAACGACACUGUUUCAUUGUACUUCUGACAACAGGCAACGCGAUAUCGGUCGACAAAAUGCCACCUAUCGUUCUGGUUCUCAGAUCGAAAUCGGAACCUCUCUAAUUUGACUCAUUGAACAUUCAAAAUCGUAGAGUAUGACAUGUACAAUCCGUUUUCAUUCGUUGAUUAUUCAAUAUUGGCCAGCCUAUUUAAAAAAAUUGAG